AUGCUGUUCCAGGAGAAUAUAACCAAUUGUGUUACCUUUCAGACCAAAAUAACCUCGGUUAUGGAUGUGUUAGGCAAAGCUGCGGUGGCAGAAAUAAGUAAAAUGUUCGAUGAUGGUUUUACUGUUUUACGCUUGGAAAUGUGUCGAAGAGAAAAUGAAAUCGAAGCGUUAAAAAGAAAAUUAUUGUUUGUGGAGAACGAACGGCAAAGGACGACGUCCAAAGCGCGAGAAGCAGGCUGUUCUUCAACAUACUCUUUGUCUUCCAGCAGAACAGAGCAGGGGUCUGAUAAGGAUGCUGGUGAAAGGACUUCAUAUGAGCAGACCACGAGAAACAAAGUGUUCACACCUAAAGAUGACCAACGGGAUCAAAAUAGACCACAGCCACCUAAAGAAUCAGUAGUGGGGCUUAAUGAACAGUACAGGUCUGGCCAGCGAGAGGAGAAGGGUAGUGGACUAGAAUUAGUGGUGAAGACCGAGCAAGAGGAGGAGUAUGACGUUAUUUCACUACAUACAUCAGGAAGUGAACAUGGCACAGAGAGAUCAGAUCAUCAGGAAACUGAGUUUGCCAUGGAUGACCGAGAGAGUCAGCUGUGGGCGUCUGUAUCAGAGAUCAACUGUGACUCUGAGGGUCCAGAUUGCUCAUAUGGUACAGAACAAUAUACACAGGAUCUAAAUACAGACAUACAGCUUAUUCAAAGUGCAGUGCAGGGUCUGGAUAGCGAUCCAUCAUCAGAGAUGGGGUACAUAAACAGACUAAUGAAAGAAGAGAUGCGAGCACAGUCGGUUUGGAAUGACCGAAGUAGGACCUCUACAGAUUUGGUUCAGGCACAACCAGGUCAGCACAGAGAGCAAACUAUGCACCCAGAGAGAAGGGAGGAUGGAACUACUACCAGAGUGCCAUCAGACAAACAAACGCGAGCCAAUGAGAGUGGAGCAUAUUCCAACGUUUGGCUAAACAAUGUAUUCUCGUUUGCCCCAAAUGGUUUCAACUCCUCAAAAGUUGCCCCACAGGGAACCCCAGCAGGAGAGAAGCGGUUUGUUUGUACCUACUGUGGAAAGAGCUUUGACUGGGUCAGCCACUUGGAGAUGCAUCAACGGAUUCAUACAGGAGAGAAACCGUACAACUGUGUGACAUGUGGGAGGUGUUUUGCUCAGCAGAGUAAUCUCCGCACACACCAGCGAGUACACCGGGGCCUCCGAGCAAAGCCAACAGUCUACUGAUGGUUAUCACCAUGACUAGACAAUUAAGAACAUUCUAGAGAAACCAGCUGGGGCCCGCCCCACACAUUAUGAAACAACCUCAUUAACCACGUUUCCAUCCCGUUUUUAUGCGAGGAAAGUCAUACCAUAUUAAAACAAAAUCACGGCUGUGAUGUUUCAGUGCAAUUUCAUAAAUUCUGACAGAUAAUUUGUUUGUUCUACCUUUUUGUGUCUGUAAAAUGUAUUAUGUGAGAAAUGACAGUGGAAACACCUUUAUGCGCAAAUAUUAAUAUGAUAACCAUAUCAAAGUAAACUUGGAGUCACAAUUAUAUUGUGGGUGGUCCUCCCAUACGACUUGGGAAACCAUGGUUUAUUAGGCUACAGAUUAAGUUAUGAACUUCACAGCCCAAUAGGCAAAAACUAGUUGCAUCAUUGUUUCCAUGUUAUUUCAACAACAAAAAUAUAAUCUGAUGACGUUGAAUCAACCUGGAAAACUGAUUGGAUUUGCCAAAAGUCAUAACUGUAAGGAAAUUGUCUUUUUCAUCCAACUUUUAACCUAAAUCUAAUGACAUGGUGACAUUUCACAGUAGUUGACAUCAACCAAAUGUAAAUAUAAGCUAGACGUUGAAAUUGUCUAUGCCCAGUGGGAAGGUGAUGAAAGUGCACAGUGAUCUUGAUGCUCCAUUCCAAUAAGUAUCGAGGGGUCUUAUUCUGGUGACAUGAUCAACGCUUGACUGCCGUGCUUGACAAAUAAAAAUAUUCAUAAUCUCA